AUGACUCCCGCCAACUUCACUGCAGUUGUAUUCGUCACGCGGAAAUCGGGCAUUUCUCCAGCUGAAUUUCAAGACCACUGGGACAACAAGCAUGUUCCUUUACUAAAACGCCUUACCGGAUCGCGAUUCCCCUUGUCUCAUACUCGGUAUUACCUGAAGCGAGAUGCCACCCCUCCUCACUACCCAGUCACGGCCCUGGUGGGCGACUCGGCCGCCUUCACCUACGAUGGGUUUGCGAUUCUAACCUUCAAGAGUGAGGCAGCCUUUCAAGAAUAUCUACCGAUUGCGAGUCAUCCCGAGGUGAUGGAGGAUGAGAAACAAUUUGUACACCUGGCCGAGCUGAAGGCUGUCGCUCUGGCUGAUAUUCAGACAACUGUAUCUGAGCACAGUUCUUGA